AUGCCGGAAACUGAUGGGGUUCACGGCGGCGCUGCCGCGGUGGAGAUUAGAGCACCAGCACUACUACAACCGCUUGUUUUCCUCUGGUUUCGUUUUCUUCUUUGUUGUUUGCUUUUGUUCGGAUCGAUUGCAACCUUCUAUGCUUGGCUUGCUUUCUCUCCUCCAGUUCGCACGAGCCUCUCCUUAUACGGUUGUCAGGAAGACAAUGAGGGUUCUUGGUCUAUUGGGGUUUUUUAUGGCGAUUCUCCCUUCUCGCUAAAACCCAUUGAAACUGCGAAUGUGUGGAAAGACGAAAGUGCAGCUUGGCCAGUAGCCAACCCAGUGGUGACGUGUGCUUCCGCUUCGGAUGCUGGUUUCCCCAGUAAUUUUGUUGCCGACCCUUUUCUUUUUAUACAGGAUGAUACCUUUUACCUGUUCUAUGAGACUAAGAAUUCAAUCACUAUGAAAGGUGAUAUUGGUGUGGCAAAAAGUAUUGACAAAGGAGCAACAUGGCAACAGUUGGGCAUUGCUUUGAAUGAGGACUGGCAUCUUUCUUUCCCAUUUGUAUUUGAGCAUCUUGGCCAGAUAUACAUGAUGCCUGAAAGCAGUAAAAAAGGAGAAUUGCGUCUCUAUAAAGCAAUUAAAUUCCCUUUGCAGUGGACAUUAGAAAAGGUCAUGAUAAAAAAGCCGCUAGUUGAUUCCUUAAUCAUCAAAUAUGAUGGAAGGUAUUGGCUGUUUGGCUCAGAUCAUAGUGGUUUUGGCUCCAUGAAAAAUGGUCGGUUGGAGAUUUGGUAUAGCAGUUCACCUCUUGGUCCUUGGAAACCUCAUAAGAAAAACCCCAUAUAUAAUGUGAACAAGAGCCUUGGUGCUCGCAAUGGAGGCAGACCAUUUUUAUAUGGAGGGAAUAUUUAUCGUAUUGGUCAGGACUGUGGUGAAACAUAUGGGAGACGGGUGCGUGUCUUUAAGAUAGAAGUUCUUACCCCAGAAGAAUACAAAGAAACUGAAGCACCAUUGGGUUUUGCUGAGCCUAGCAAGGGUCGAAAUGCUUGGAAUGGUGCUCGGUACCAUCACCUGGAUGCACAACAGUUGCCAUCUGGUGGUUGGGUUGCAGUUAUGGAUGGGGAUCGUGUUCCUUCUGGAGAUCCAGUUCAGCGCUUCAUUCUUGGUUGCGCUUCAGUUACAGUUGCCGGUAUUCUCAUUGUGGUACUGGGGGUGUUACUUGGAUUCGUGAACUGUAUUGUUCCUCUCAACUGGACUGUGCAUAGCUCUGGAAAGAGGUAUUUUGCUUCCUUGGCUUGGGAAAGAUCAAACUUAUUCUCUUGUAAAGUUAGACGGUUCUGUAGCCGCUUGAACAGAGCUCCAGCAUUUCUACGAAGCAAGAUAAAGCAUAAUGCUUGUGCUAGGAGGUUGAUUCUCAUCACAAUAUUUGCAGUUGGUGUUGGAUUAAUGUGUGUCGGGGUUAGAAAUAUCUAUGGGGGAAAUGGUUCAGAAGAACCUUACCCUGUGGAAGGACACUACUCACAGUUCACAUUAUUAACAAUGACCUAUGAGGCUCGUCUCUGGAACUUGAAAAUGUAUGUGAAGCAUUACUCAAGAUGCUCCUCUGUGCGAGAGAUUGUUGUGGUGUGGAACAAAGGAGUCCCUCCCAAACCAACUGAUCUGGACUCUGCAGUCCCAGUAAGAAUCCGUGUAGAGGAAAAGAAUUCACUCAAUAAUCGGUUCAAGGUCGAUCCAUUGAUAACAACACGAGCUGUUCUCGAGCUCGAUGAUGACAUUAUGAUGACAUGUGAUGAUGUGGAGCGAGGUUUCAAGGUUUGGAGACAGCACCCAGAUCGAAUCGUGGGGUUCUAUCCUAGGCUCAUUGAUGGGAGCCCGCUGAAAUACCGGGCAGAAAAGUAUGCUCGGAUGCAUAAAGGGUACAACAUGAUUCUCACUGGUGCAGCAUUCAUAGAUUCUCAGGUGGCUUUCAAGAGGUACUGGAGUGAUGAAGCCAAGGAAGGGAGAGAAAUGGUAGACAAAUCCUUUAACUGUGAAGAUGUGCUUCUGAACUACCUGUAUGCAAAUGCAAGCUCAUCUAGGACUGUGGAUUAUGUUAAACCAGCUUGGGCAAUUGACACAUCGAAGUUUUCUGGUGCAGCAAUAAGUGGGAACACAAAAAUGCAUUACCAUCUAAGAACUCAGUGCCUUGUGAAAUUUACAGAGAUGUAUGGAACUUUGGCUGGUCGUAAGUGGGGAUUUGACAGCAGAAAAGAUGGUUGGGAUGUAUAGAAACGGUAAUAGGAAAGAGGGUUUUUUCUUUUUAAUCCAAAGGUAGGACCUUUUUACCAACUUUUGUAUUUUUAAAUUUUGUUCUGGUACAAGUUUGUCCAUACUUUUCCACCCCCACAGAAAAUUUAUGUGGGGAGAUUUUAAAUAGAUUCCCGACAAAUUGUAAAUUAGCAUGUAAUGGCAUUUUUGUGUCUUAGUUGUUAAAUUAUAUUGGCUGUGAUUUUGUUGUCUUCAAA